UUUCAUUAUCUGAUACCAAAUCUAAAAUUUAUAUGAUUAUGUGCUUUCACUGGUUUAGUUUGUAAAGCAGAUCUUUGGAGUAGAAAAGCAUGAUUGGAAUACACUAUGUGGAGGCAAUAUCUGCUGAAACUAUAGCAGGAUGUUGUCCCUCCCUUAGGCAACCUAAAUAAAAAACCAAGAGAGAUUAGCAACAUAGUUUAAGCAUUCAAUAGCAGUAGCAGUUAUACCUAUAUACCGCUUCACGGUGCUUUACAGCCCUCUCUAAGUGGUUUACAGAGUCAGCAUAUUUCUCCCAACAAUCUGAGUCCUCAUUUUACCAACCUUGGAAGAAUGGAAGGCUGAGUAAACCUUGAGCGGUUCAAGAUUGAACUGCAUUUUAACCAUUGUGCUAUCAAGGCUCAGGUCCAAAAUCCUAUCUUCCUUAAUGCAGAUUUUGGUAUAAUGUUUGACCUGUUAAUCAUUUACCACUUUUGAACUUCUUUCAGUUUGCAUGCUGUCUUGACCUUCCUUUGAUGUCAUCUUGAGUUUAAAAGUCAAUGUUGGUUUUACAGAUUAGUAGUUGUGGAUGCUUGGUGAAUCUUUUACCUGAACCAUGAUCAUCAUGGCUUGCUGUUUUGAAUUUCAGGUGGUGUGGGAGGAAAGGGAAAAGCACAGAAUGAUGACUAGAUAGCUCCUACAAGAUUGGUGCAGAAAUAGGAGGAUACGAUUAGUAAGAACGUUUCUGGAUUUGCAGUUUGGUGUUGUAUGGUACAAGUAAGAAACAGCAUAGUGUUUCACUCCUGUGCCUCUGCCUUUGACUUCCUGCUGGUGGCUGUAGUACUUCCUUCCUGCCGGAACGAUCAAACAGCACAUCAUCUCUGCUUCAGCAGACAAGCCUUCAUCCAGAUGUGGAAAUAGAGACCCUAGAUGGCUGUCAAUAUGUUCCACUAGCCUGCUCAAUGCUAUAUUUCACUCUGGAUUCUGCUGCCAUCCCAAAUCUACAAUCUCUACUGUCAGUUUGCAGGUGGCAUGGAUAUCUUCCACACGGGUGAUUUCUUCUGGAUGUUGGCACUUGCAAUCCCAAUCCUGGUGGUUCUAUUGCUACUGUGCACUGAUUGCCGUGACCCUGAUUUAGACACACCUGCUAUCGAUGACUACCAAUACAAGCCUUCCACUAAUAUUCAUUCCCAGACUUUCAGAGUGUUGAGGCGUCCUCCUUCGCCACCUUGGUCUGCCAUCCUGUCCCAGCCAGAUUUGCAGAGCACAGGCUCUGCUUACAGCCUUUGUAGUCAGACACCUGCAUUCAUCAGAACUGAGGAUAAUGAAAGCGUUCCCAGUUAUGAAAAUGAAGAACCACCUUUUGUCCCUGAUGAUGAUGACAAUUAUAUUCCUGGAUACAUAGUGGUGUUGCCUGAUGUUCCAAUCACAGAACAGAGAAAAAAAGAUCAUGCCUCUUCUGAGUCCAUACUGGACCAAUAUGAAAAUGUGCCCGAGUCUCAACGGCAUUCACUCGGUGAAUACGUGAAUGUACUAGAGCCAGCACCGAUCAUACUAGAUCCUUGUUUUGCAGUUGGCACUAGUGAUCGGGAAAGUGAAGAUGAUGUUCCAGACUACGAGAAUGUCUGUUUUGGACUUUGAGCUAUCCAGACUCCAGGAAGGGGAUUGGGGUUGAAAGGAGUAUUUGUAAGGACCAGUUUUGCACUUGUGCAUCUAUUCAUCUUUGUGAAGGAUGGAUCACCACCAAGGAUACCUUCUCUUGAACAACUUCCAGUCUUGCUGUAACCUGCUUUUUUCUCCCUUGCACUUUGGAUGACACAUCCUGAGAACUUCUCCCAAUUAUCAGUAGCAGUAUUUUGAUGGACAUUUCCCAAAACAAUUCAGUUUUGCGUUUAAGUGUUGUUGACUAAUAAAGAACCAAGAAUUCCACCACCA